CGAAAUUUGUGAUAGAAAAAUAUGGUGACAAGUUCUAGCAUAUUAAUGUUUAAUCGAGAUAGGGAACAAGGUAGAGGCCGUAGAGGAGUUAGUGGUCGUGGUAAUAAUAGAGGAGGUGGUGAUAACUCCCGUGGAAGUAAUAUGAAUAGAUUUGGUGGACGUGGCAGAGGAAUUAGUAAUAAUGGUCGUGGUAGUAUAAAGGGCAAACAGCCUGGAGGAGCACUUAGAAAAAUCACUUGGGAUAUAAGAUCUUUGGAACCCUUACGCAAAGAUUUUUAUGUUGAACACCCUGCAGUUAGAAAUAGAUCAAAAGAUGAAGUGUGCAAGUUUAGAGAAAGUGCUGAAAUAACUGUAAAAGGUGACAAUGUUCCUAAUCCUAUUCAGUAUUUUGAAGAAGGAAACUUCCCUCCUUAUGUAUUAGAAGUAAUACAAAAGCAGGGUUAUUCUCAGCCUACAGCAAUUCAAGCACAAGGAUGGCCUAUUGCACUCAGUGGCAAAGAUUUAGUUGCUAUUGCUCAGACUGGUUCUGGAAAAACACUUGGAUACAUAUUACCAGCAAUUGUGCAUAUUAUACACCAGCCACGUCUUAGUAAUGGUGAUGGCCCAGUUGCUUUGAUCUUAGCUCCUACAAGAGAAUUAGCUCAACAAAUUCAAGAAGUAGCUAAUUCUUUUGGUGAAUCAGCAGGUGUAAGAAAUACAUGCAUCUUCGGUGGUGCACCUAAAGGACCACAGGCACAUGAUUUAGAGCGGGGUGUUGAAAUAUGUAUUGCUACACCAGGUAGACUUAUCGAUUUUUUGGAAAGAGGAACAACAAAUUUAUGCAGAUGUACAUACUUGGUAUUGGAUGAAGCUGAUAGAAUGUUAGACAUGGGUUUUGAACCGCAAAUUAGAAAAAUAAUUGAACAAAUACGACCUGACAGACAGGUUUUAAUGUGGUCAGCUACAUGGCCUAAAGAGGUUCGAGCUCUAGCAGAAGACUUUUUGACUGAUUAUACGCAUCUUAAUAUUGGUUCCCUGACCUUAUCAGCCAAUCAUAACAUUAUUCAAAUAAUUGAUGUUUGUCAAGAGUUCGAAAAGGAUGUGAAAUUAUAUAGAUUGCUUCAAGAAAUUGGAAAUGAAAAGGAGAACAAGACAAUAAUUUUUGUUGAAACAAAACGGAAAGUGGAUGAUAUUACAAGAAACAUCAGACGAGAUGGAUGGCAAGCAUUAAGUAUCCAUGGUGAUAAAAAUCAACAAGAAAGAGAUCAUGUACUACAGGAAUUUAAAAGUGGGAGGACUCCUAUAUUAAUAGCAACAGAUGUAGCUGCUAGAGGCUUAGAUGUGGAUGAUGUCAAAUAUGUGAUAAAUUUUGACUAUCCAUCAUCAUCAGAAGAUUACAUACACAGGAUUGGUCGUACUGGUCGAAGAAAGCAAACUGGAACUGCUUAUGCAUUUUUCACAAGUCAUAAUAUGAAACAUGCAGGAGAUUUAAUAGAAGUAUUAAAAGAAGCAGGGCAAAAUAUAAACCCACGGCUCACUGAAAUGGCAGAACUAGCAAAAUCAGGAAAUUAUGGAAACAGAAGUGGUAAACGAUUUGUGGGCAAUGACAGAAGUAAUGGUAGAAGAGGACAUAGCGAUAAUAGAGGAAGAGGAUGUUCUUCAAGAGGAAGAGGUGGUAGUAGUACUCGUGGUGGAAAUUCGUAUCAAUCUGUUUCAAGCAGUUAUUCUGGGUCAGAUUAUGGUAGCUAUAAUAAUAUGAAGCAAAGUAAUUCUAUGACUCAGAAUGCAAGCUAUGGAUACAGCACACAAAGAUCUUAUGGGCAAAAUAAUUUAGCACAAAAUUAUGGAGGGGGAGAUAAUUACGGAAAUACUUAUCAAUAUAAUAGAGGCAUAACAUAUUAA